GUUGCGUCCACUCUCGUCACGAGGCUCGUAUCCACCACAGCACUGCCCUCGCAAACUGUACCUCCGUCCCGUACCCACAGCGCUGCAACAUUGUUGUUUACCAAACAAUCCGAUCUCAAUUGUAGUCGGCCGUUACGCACGCAGGCACAACAAUUGGGACGUGGAUCCACCAUCAUGGGAAUGCUUGGUAAUUUCGAUACUUGUGGCUACGCGCGCAGCCCAUCUCGGCCAUGUUCAGUAAACAAAUGUCUCCAUAACAUGACCAAGCUUGCUUGUCUGUAUUGGGAAUCGUAAGUGGCACGAAUGGCGCCAUACGUGGCAUAAGGGCACCGUAGAAGUAUAUAUUCACCACUAGCACAUACCAGGGUGACCAUGUAAGACAUCCAAGCAAGCAUCAGUUCGUUGUGUUUACCAUCCGGGGCUCAAAAAGCAUAACAUGUCAGAACUCAUCUUCAUUACAGGGGCCUCUGGCUUCAUCGGCUCACAAACCGCCAAGUCUGUCCUCCAAGCAGGCUACCGAAUUCGUCUGAGCAUUCGACAGAAAGAGCAAGAACAAGAACUCAGAGAUAUCCUCAAAGAUGCAUCGCAGGACAAGAUCGAAUUCGCUCAUAUUCCUGACUUGACCACACCCGGUGCGUUCGAAGAGGCAUUGGAAGGCGUUGAUUAUGUCUUCCAUCUUGCUUCACCUAUGCCAGGCAAAGGCGAAGAUUUUCGCGAGGAUUAUGUCAAACCUGCGGUAUCUGGCAGUCUCGCGAUCCUGCAGGAGGCUUUGAAGCAUGAGCAGAUCAAGUUUGUGGUCGUGACGAGCUCUAUUCUGGCCUUGAUUCCAUUGGGUGGCUUGUCGGAUUCGAGUGCUCCAAUCAAAGCAAACACAGGUGAAAAAUUACCAGUUUCCGCGGACAUGAAAUUUCCAGACGGUGCCGCAGGCCAUGGCGCAAAAUACAGCGCCAGCAAGAUUCUUGCCCACCAAGCCACGCGCGACUUUGUCGAGAAAGAAAAGCCCGAAUACAAGCUGGUGACCUUCCACCCGGUCCUCGUGAUUGGCGAAUCACUUGUCCAGAAGAACUUUGACCAGCUCGACGGCAUGAACCAAGUCCUUUGGAGUUCCCUACACUCGACUCAGCCAACCAUGCCUUCAACUUUUGUUGAUGUGAAGCAAUGUGCUGAAUCGCACGUGAAUGCGGUGCGGAAUUACGAGAAGUUGAAGAAUGGGACAGAAUAUGGCCUGUCGUCUCCUGCGGUCGCAUGGAACGAGGUGGCCAAGUUCGUGAAGCAAGAGUUUCCGCAGGUGCAGGUCAAAUUGGAUGACGGUCCAUCUUUGUCAUCGAAGUUCGAGGUUGAUACAGAGCCUGCUGAUCGCGACUUGAAGAUCCAGUGGAGGCCUGUGCAGGACGUUGUACGGGACACGCUAGGGCAGCAGCAGGCUUUCCAGAAGCAGUCGCAUUUGUGAGCAUGUAACAGUUUGUCGAGGUAGAUCGAAUUAUGCGUCGAUUUUGCACAUUCUUUCAUUGAAGUCUGAGGGCGUCGUGAUCUGUUGUGUCGCGUCCUGUCUUGGUCUUCUCGUCGAUGACUUUGGUCCUGCAUCCCUUG